AUGGCUUUGUCUUGGAUGGCGCGGGCGGCCAUUGGCAUGACCAAAGAGGACACCGGCCGCAAGAAGGCGGAACCGUCCCCGAGCUCGCCGGAGAUGACUCACCGGUCACUGCCGGAGGCACGGAGGAAGCCAGACAUGCAGACUCCCAAGGAGAGCUGCGGGGAUGUGGACACCGUGCAGUGCGAGAGCUCAAUGAGCCUCAUGGGCCUGGCGGAGUGUAGCAGGCGAAAAGCGGCCACCUCAGACUUUUUGGACGAGGACAUGGCGGACUUGUCGCCCUCACGGAAAUUCUCCAGGGAAGAGAUCUUCGUGCGCACCUUUCCAGGCACCUAUUGGAAAGCCCCGGAGCUGCCACCAGGCAGCAUCAAGUGCAAGGACAUGGAGGAGGAACCAGGCUCCACGGAGGUGCCGGGGCAGAGCCCGGGCUCGGGCAGCGGGUCGGACCAAUCUUUCGACUCGGACAGCAGCCCCGGGAGUCCCAGCCGCGAGAAGUCGGCGCCGGAGGCUGCACGUGGGGACAAGCUGCGAGAAAGCAUUUGUCGCUCGCAGCUGCCCAGCCUCGUGCCACCUUUGGGCUCCACGCCAGGACAGCUGGAAAAGCUGCGCGAUACAGCGCCGCCGGCGCCGCUGUCUCCAGCGUCGCCGCUGUCUCCAGCGUCGCCGGCAUCAGCUGUGUCGCCAGUAUCAGCUGAGAAGGCUGUCUCGCGCGAAGCUUCCGACGGCAACGCGGCCGCUGGACGAUCCCCCGUGAUGGUUGGGCGCACCUCCUCCGGACAGGAAGUGCGCACGGCUUCGAUGCUGCAGUUCGGGCGCACCGCCUCCGAGAGCCGCGAGUCCGCGGUGCACCGCGCCGCCUCCACCGGGGCGCGCAGCCCGGGGCCACCGCCCACACGGACCCUGGCGGCGCCGCAGGCGGCAGCCAACGCGGUGGCCGCAGCUGCGGCGCACGCGGCACACAACGCGGCGGUGCGACAACUAUCGGCGGGCAGAGUGGCGGAGCAGGCGGCGGAGGAGUUUCUGUCCCCCAGGAGGAAGGUGAUAGAAGGCCAAGGCAUGCCGCGACGACUCUCCGCCACACAGCUCAUGCAGCAGCCGCAACCACAGGGGCAGCCACAAGGGACGCCGAAUGGGCCGAAUGGGCAGCCAAUGCAGCAGAUGCAAAUGACUCAGUUCAUCCCAGCACCGGAGUCACGGAUGGAGCUCUCCUUAAAUGGCGACGCGCUGGACCUGCUCAUGUGCCCAGGUGACGUGCUGCUGAUGCGGGGCUCUGGCCGCAUCUCAGACAUUGGCAACGCUGGGGGCUUCAUGGGCCAUGUGCUCGUGGUGAUCUCCACACCGCAGCAGAUCCGCGCAAACACGCCGGAGGCACAACAGCUGAGCAGCAUUUGGCCCCCGGAGGCGCGGGCGCUGUGGCGGGUGGCAACAGUGGAGAGCACUCGCCGGGAGAGUGGGCUCUAUGAGUGCGAGAGUAUCCUACUUGUGGAUGGCAUGCGGCAGCUCAUGCUGAUAGGGGAAGUCGAGAGGGGUGGGGACGUGUGCAACUUCGAGCCCCACGAGCCCGUGGAGAUCUGGCAGAGCCCAGAGGUGCUCCGCGGUGGGCUGCGCCCGGACCUGAUGUCUCUGGUGCUGAUGGACAUGCGCAAGAACCAGGCCAGCUGGAGUGCAACCACCGCCGCGAGAGCGGUAACGCACCCAGUUGGGCAGCCACGUUUACGUGACACACGUUGA